AUGUCAGAUGCUGAGUCGCCUGCGGGCUCUCCUGCGAGAGGAGAGACCCUGCACGAAGAAGCACCAAACGACGAUGCAUCACCCAAGGAUCUAGGCGAUUACGAUGGAGCUGCGGCAGGUGACUCAGACCGAGAUUCAGACGCGCUAUCCGAAAUCGAUGACGAUCAGUUCGAAGAAUACGAUCCUGACAAGGUCCGUAUUGAAGAGAAGCCUGUGGAGAUUGAUGAAGAUGUGGCGCGGACCUUGAAGGCCGGAAGGCGAAAGGGCACAGCCACCAAGAAGCCCAAGGAAGGUCGACGCGAGAAGAAACGCGCGCGCGAUCGUGAUGACGAGGCCGACGGUGAAGUUCUUACUACAAAGCGAGUGCGGAAGACGGGCGCCAGCGAGAGUCGGAAGGAGAGCCCUGAGCCUGAGAAUGAAGAGAACCUAACACCCGAGGAGAGACGGCGAAGGGCUAUCGAGCGCGCUGCUGCCAAAGAGAAGCCUAAGGUCAAGAGGCGUAAGAGGAAGGACGAGGAUGACCUGGAAGAUGAGAUGGACGAGAAGAUUGCCGAUUUGAAAGUUCGUAUGGAAAAAGCCUGCGAAGCGGACAACACUGCUCGAGAGACUGGUCAACCUGCUCUCCACAAACUCAAACUCCUGCCCGAGGUCACAUCGUUAUUGACCAGCAGAGCAAUGCAAAAUAUUGUUGUCGACCCGGACACGAACUUCCUCCAGCAUAUCAGAUUCUUUCUGGAGCCACUCAACGAUGGUUCUCUUCCCGCCUACAAUAUCCAACGAGAUAUUUUCCAGGCUUUACUCAACCUGCCUAUCGAGAAGGAGUCGUUGCGCAUGAGCGGGAUUGGCAAGAUCAUUCUGUUCUACACCAAGUCCAAGAGACCCGAGAUUGGAAUCAAGCGUAUGGCUGAGAGGCUCUUGGGUGAAUGGAGCAGACCUAUUCUCAACCGCACACAUGAUUACAAGAAGCGUUUCGUGGAGACGCGUGACUACGAUUACGAGGCAGCUAAACGUCGCCAGGCUCAAGACAGUCAAAGAGCCCUCCCUCAACGCCCAGCUGCGUCUAGUCAACGAGAGGCCGAGCGCGAGCGCGCACUGGCCCCUGCCAACCAAAGCAACCGGGCCCGUCUACCUGGCCUCCCACAGGCUUACACCAUUGCGCCGCGCAGUACCUUCAACCCAUCACAGGGCGUGGGCCCAGAGUUUAAACCCAUUGGCGCCAGUGGAUUUGACGCAUUCAAGAAGAUCGUUGGCAACAAGAAAAAGAAGUAA